AUGGGACUAUCCGUCGUCAUUGGACUAACAUCUUCAAUCAGUGCCACUACACACCCAAGUGCACCUGCAGUAGACGAGAGACAGUAUUGGCUCCAACAACAACAACCAGGAUACCCUAUUCCACUACCAAUACAACAGACCACUUCGACUAAAGUACUGUUUGUAAAGACAGUCAGGAGCAAGGAGGAGGGCGAACAACUUAGGAUGCAACUUGGUCCUGAAUAUGUUGACAAGGUAGUCGUCCCAUUGGACUCGGAGAAGAGAGUGCCACUUGGACACGCAUUCGUAUACUGUCAUACAAUAGACGACUCAAAGACAUUGAUGGACAAGUACCAGGACACUGGCUUUGAGUUCCAAGGACGCAAGAUCAGUAUGACCUGGGGUCUGCCCAAGAACAAACAUCGAAUGGUGGGCAUUGGUGGCGAGCCCUACCUCGCAGACUAUAGCCAGUUCUUGAGUAUGGCAUACCCUGCCGAAUACUUGUACGGUCCACAAGCAGCUGCAGCGUUGGCCUAUCCUCACCAACCCGCCGGUGCACCAUCACGACGAACUAAUCCCAGAAUGGUGCCACCAACUAUCGGUAGUACUGAUCCCUACUAUACACCAUCCACAGCACUACCAAUUGCAAUGACAUCGAUGGCUGCAUAUGAUAUGGGUGGUGGAGGAUGGGGACUAGCCCCCGAAGGAGCAUGGCCCUACUAUCAUCCAUCAUCAUCAUCAACUCGUGGUUCAUACUCUUCUGGUGGUCGUGGUGGUCGUGGUGGCGGAGGUGGAGGCGGUAGUUCAUACCGCGGUGGAGGUGGAGGUGGAGAUAGAGGUGGUGGAGAUAGAGGUGGCGGAGAUAGAGGUGGUGGAGAUAGAGGCGGAUCCUCAAGGUAUUCAACAUCUACAUCAACACGUAAUCCAAGAUACACGCCUUAUUAA